AUGAAGUUGUUUGGACUGCUCGCGGCGGGAGCUAUCCAACUGCCGCUUCAGGUUUUGUCCAUGAGAACCUCGUUAGGUCUCAAGGAGACACUGUUGGCUGUAAACAAGGAGCGUAGUGUCUCCUUUGCUUUGCUGCCGUUCGAUCUUCCAAAUAACACCCUCAUUUCUCAAGACGCCUUGACGAACAAUGACCAUUACUCGGGAAUCCUAGGCCCCGAUGGUCGCAUCGGUUGCACGGAAUCAAUGGCUAUUGACAACAACCAAGAGAUCACUGUGGUUUUAGCCUUCUCCAAGUGUCUCGAUGAUACCGCUUUAAGUACUGUGGAGGAGUGGGUGAACCAAGUGAAGGCCGGGAUCACUACAAUUGCCUAUGCAGAGGACCUCAAGAUCACGUUCCAGUCGACCAUGGUGCCAGGGGCUUGUGAAGAACACAGUGAGAAGACCAAAAAGGGUCUCGAGGACAAGGCCAUGGAAAAUCAAGGUGGUGCGGCACCAUCGAAUGCUCCGGAAACGACUGCACCAGACACGGCUAAACCGGACAUGGCUGAACCAGACACGGCCGAACCGCAUACGACUGAACCACCAGUUCUGCUAACUAACAACGUUAUGCCGACAGACCUCAAACGCCUUGAAGCGUUUCCAGGACUCGGUAACGUCGUCGACCUGGCUGAUGACGAUGUCAAACUCGAUGUGAAGCCUAUCGCUGUCAUCUCCUUCGUGACCGGAGAGAAAUCUUACGGUGAGGUGAUGCAAUAUGAGACUAGUGUCCAAGUGUCCAAGACUUUUAACUUCCAUAUCUGCAAGAGCGGUACCAAUUGUGAAGGAACUUUCGAGAACUGUAUCGACCUGCCAGAAGUGGUGGAUCUGUUCAUGUACAACCCGUUCACGGUCACGCGUUCUAUUGAGUGUGCUAACUUGGACGGCGGUGUUCCGGUCACGUAUCUGGAUGACUAUGGCGUUCGUCAAUGCUUCUGCAACUGUCCUGCUGGCCACGUACUUGAAGAGAACGACUAUGGAGCACUUACUUGCAAACAAGUUGAUGACGAAGUGUGCCCCUGUGUCUGGGCUCAGGUAAACGAAUUCAAGUACGCAGUAGAGAACGAUAAAGGAACGUGCUCUUUCAAGAACUUUGCAACGGAUUCCGUCCUAUCUGUGCCGUUCCCGACCGACGGCUACGUUGCCGACAAGCGGGAUACAUUGAAAGAAGGGUACCAGAACCCGCGCAUUACAGUGACGGCAGAGCGAGAACAAUUCGCUGAGUACAAGGGGUCCGACGUUGAAAGUGUUGUCGGUGUUGGUAGGUCGUUGCCACUGACUUUCGAUGAAGUCGUGGGGCUGUCUUCUAGUGCCUCAAACCUUCAACCUGUUGUGGCUCCUGCGCAUAAAACCAGAACGCACUCGGCGGAGUAUCCGUGGAAGGAGUAUCAGAUGAACCGAGUUGCCCAUAUUGACGACUUGGAAUUCACAUCCUACGGCAAGUACAAGCUCGAGGUGAGCGCCUACGACUAUUUCUCCAGUGCUACCUGUGAAGGUUGUCUUGUCAUUGUUGAUAAAUACCGUCCGAAGGCUACAACUGAGUGCCCCAAGAGCUUCUGUGACGACGUCGCGGACCCCGUUCAUUGCACCGAGUCAGCAGAGCUAACACCCGAUAACCUCGACAAGGCUAGCGGUCUGGUUAACCAGUACUUCGACUUCGCUAUUAAGGCUAAGAACGAUGCAUGUAGUGUCGACAAUCGGUGUGACGCUGAGUCAUUCAGUCGCCGUGAUUUCUUCGAGAAGGACUACACCGAGCACGACUGCAGCCAAGCUCAUCAAUGCUUCAACAAGGAUACAGUGUUGGAAGAUCUACUCGUGUCCACAAAGACCAAGACGAACCCUCUACUGGAAGAAGACAAUAGCUGCGAUAACACUGAUGCACCUGUGUCUAUUGGGCAGUGCACCAGGUGCUGCAAGAUGCACACUGCGCUUAAGGAAUGGUGGACGGACUAUCGUUGUGGCUCAGAUUACGACGCACGCAACUGCGAGGGUGACAGUGAUCAAACCUGUGACUUCAAGCAGUGUCUAGUGAUGAACGGCGAUACUUUGGCGACGGUGACUGCCUCAAUCACUGAGGAUGCCAAGAAAGAAUCAGAGUCUGUGUUGGCUCAGGUGGAGGACGAAGCGUACCAAACAGUGACGCAAAUUCAUCGCUCAUUGGACUGCACGUCUUUCGGUGGUACCGAUGGAGAGUGCGAGUUCAGAGCAAAGUUGUCGGAGCUUAUCGAGACGACGGAGACGCUCAAUGUCGCCUCAACUUACAGUUCUGGCCAGGCUACAGACUAUGUCUUCUGGCGGUACAAACUCGUCUCAGACGGUGAAUCCUGGCAGUUGUGGAAGACUGGCAAACAAGAGAACUACGGAGAAGUGACGUACGAUAACGACGACGUGCUGACGUUCGCGAACCCGGAGACGAAGAUCACUAUCGAAGCCUGGACGCAGUGCGGUCUAGUCCGUCGCUUCUUCUUCUACGUACACCUUCACGUCAACAGUCCCGUGAGUGUGUGUGAAAAGUUCAACGACAUGUGGUACCAGACGUCCGUGUCGAGACUACCGAUCGGCUCUGGCAUGUGCGCCUACCCUGGUAGUGACUUUGCCGAGCUGACGUUCGACUUCCACCCGAACGCUGGUCUUCAGUAUUCUCGUGAGGAAUUGAGGAUGAAGGUGUCCAAGGUUGAGUGCACAGGAGCUCUGGAAGGCCGUAAGCCGAUUGAUAUCUUGAGUGUGACUCAAGACUCCCCUGAAAUCGUGACCCGGUUCGCUGUCGCGAUGCUGAACAAAGCCACAACUGAAGCCGCGACGGAUUUCCACGUGGAGUGUGUGUUCACGUACGCUAAGUACAGUGGAGCGUCUGCCACCGAGACGUGCAAGCGUGACUUCUCCAUUUCAGACUGUAAGGGUCCAGCGUUUGAUACACCGAACUCUGUGUGUGAGUAUGAAGCGUGUGCUGGUCAAGAUGAGGCUGGACUGUAUGAGGCAUGUGGCGGCACUGUAGUGAAGGCUGAUGAUAAGUGCACUAUCGUAGAGACUGGAGAGAAGCCAUGUUGCCAGGGAUGUGAGAACACGGAGGUCACGUGUGUAGCUCUUCUGGAUCUGCCGAAUACCAACGCAGAUAUCAUGCGGUGUGAACCGAGCGGAGGCGGUGGUGCCUACUCGAGUCCUAGUACCAGCUACGGUGCUGUGCUGUUAACGGAAACAGUGCAAGAACACCCUGCCGCCACGGCUUUGCUCGGAGCCACCGCGUUGAUCGCUGUGGUGGCGCUGGUUGUCGUUCGUCGUCGCGCGGUUGCUUCGUUCUCGGCCCAAACGGCUGAUGAUGCCUAUUACCCGUUGCUUCACUAA